AGAUACUACCAUAUUAUUAAUAUUACUUAUAUGAUGGACAAACAGAAAGAAGCAUUGGUGAGAAUUACUGGAACUGUACAAACAAAGUAUGAAGAAGUGGAUAGAUAUGCACGGGAACUUCAUUCAAAAAUUGACACACUCGAAAAUUGUUACAAAGAUUCGAUUUUAGAACUGGACGAGCAAUUCCAGAUGUUGGCAGAAAGUCUCGAAAGAGCUCGAACGCGAAUGAUGUCUGAGAUUGAAACUGAAUUAGCAGAGAAAAUGAAACCGUUGCAAGAGCAUUUACAAACUUUCGAAUCAGCAAAACAUGAUGCUGAAGAUCUAAUUGCAAUGUCCAAUGAGGCCCUAGAUUUGGCAGCACCCGAUCAAUUCUCACAAGCCGCUCUUCGUAUUAAAGAGCGUGUAACAAUGUCUCCUAUAUUUCGGCUUUCGCUGUGCCCGUUUGAUGAUAAUGCAGAACCAGAAUGCUUCUUUUAUGCUGAUUUCGCUAGGGAACAAAACGUUUUGAAUCAGCUGAAAUUUCUACCUAUUCCAAGCCAACCAGAAAUUGUUAAAGCCGGAUGUUUUGCGGAAAACAAUAUCGUUCAUUGCCUAUGGACAAUUAUGGAAGAAGAAGACAAUUUUUUAUCUGCUGAUAUGCCGAUAAGUUUAUGCAGCGAACAAACAGAUCGUCUUCACCUGCCUUCUUCUAUCAAUUAUUUCGUCGUACAAUAUCGACAGGUUCGAACUAGCGGAGAAAAUAUUCCAUGGAUCACUAUUGAAUGUGUUCGUUCAAUGCAAUGUGAUAUAAAAGGGUUAAUAUUUCAUCAACCUUUUCUUGAGUUCCGUGUGCAGGCUUGGAAUAAGGCAAUGGGGGGUACAUGGAGUAAAGUAGGGUCAAUCUCUACUCCAGCUUUUCAUUUUGCUCUCAAUCCAGACGCCUCCCAUCCAAAUCUUAAAGUGAUUUCAGAUGAUGUUGUGGAAUGGGACGCUUCGUCAAAUAAAGUUUCUCAAGAUAAUAGAAUAAAAAGUGCUAGCAUGACUCGUUCGCCGUCUCCGGCGAAAGGUGUAACCUCGUCUUCUCCUAGAAGAGCUAAACCUAAAGAUCGCUUCACUGGAGAGUCUUACACUGUACUUGCUGACACAGCAUUUAGUGACGAAGAAGCUUAUUUUGAGGUUUCACCUCAUCCUGACUGCAAAACGUAUUCUGUAGGAAUAACCUUGAAAUCGCUUGCCAGAUUUGAUCAACUGGGAAAAACAGCAACAUCAUGGUGUAUACAUAUCAGCAGCUGGAUUCAGAAUACAUUCGUUGCGAAACAUAACAAUAAAGUUAAAAAUCUAGAUUCAUCAGGUCAAACACCAAAUAGAUAUGGAGUCUACUUCAAUCUUUCUACUGGAAUAUUGUCUUUUUAUAAUGCCGAAACCCGUCGACACAUUCAUACGUUCAAGCAAGUAAAAUGCAAUGGCCCGAUUGUUCCAGGAUUUCUUAUGUGGUUCGGAUCUUUAGAGGUAUUUACUGGGAUUCAAGUUCCAUCGUGGAUUGUCACACGACCUUCAACUUCUCUCAAUGUCAAAUCUGAUUCAAGUUCGACAAAAUCAAAUUCACCUGUGAAUCUAGCAAGUCCAGAGGAAAAGUCAUCUGUGAAAUAAGUUUGUGUUUUCUUCCCCUAUUUAUCACGUAAAAUUCACUUAUGAAGAUUAAUAAUUUGUAUAGUGCAUGAAUUUUGUUGUUGUUUAUAUUUAGGAAAUAUGACAAAACAAUAAUAUAAUAUAGUGAAAAGACUGAGUAGAAGAGAAAUAUAGCUUGAGUAUAAAAAUGGAAAGCUGAUGAAUGAUUUUAUUAUUUACCGUACAUCUCCACUUAUUAUUAAUGCUUUAUUUUCAAUAUUAUGGUGCAAAUGCAUAAAACUUUUUUGAAGUUCGUUUUUAUUGGUGCCCUCAAGUUUCAAGAUGUAGUGUUACUUUAUCCUUUAUGUUGUAAAUAAUAAAUCUGUUAUGAAAUUCCAUAUUAGACUAGUGGAAAGUGUUAUUUUGUAGUAAGCUAUCGCGUAGUUCCUUCAUGUUUUAUUUUUCGUGGGUCCAUUUUUUAUUCUCAAAUAUAUCUCAUAUUGAAAUGCUGAUAAAAUUUGCUCUGUUAUUAAAUCAACUCUAAAUCAUGCUGCUUAUAGCAGAGAGAGAGGUUGCUCAUGAUAGUUAUCUCCUCCCAUAUCUGAACAUUUACUUCUUGGUAUUUUCAGAACUUAAUAAUAAUUUUGAAUUGAAAUAUUCUAAAUUGGUAAAUUUUGAAGCAAAAUUUGUUGUAUCUUGCAAUAAGAUUUGAUAUAAAAAAUUGUAUUUCCAAAAAUAAUUUUUUUUUGGGAGAAUUACCAUAAUAUUCAAACAUCUGAAUUGAAAAAUAAACUUUUUCUAAUGACAUUAAUUUACAUUUUUUGAAAGUUUAGGUUAUUCGGAUUUUUAUACACAAAUAUUUCGGUACAAAUUUAUCACUGUUUUUAUUAAGUUCAUCAACAAAAGGUCAGUGCAAAUAUAUUUAUUUAUAAAAAAUAUAGCUGUGAUCAAGCAAUAAUAUAAUACUGUACUAAUAAACUUCACUGAGAAUUAUUGUAAUUAACUUUAUCUUUUUAGUAACAUAUAUUAUAUUUUUCGCAUUACCUAAUCGAAAUAAAAUUGUUCGAAAUGCUUCUCUGCACAAUUAAGUGUAUUAUUCAUCAGUUUUGUGCAAUUUUUUAUCAACUAGUGUUGCAAUUGAACUGUUGUGAAUUGUGAUUGUAUUUUAUUAUUCACCAUGAUAAAUGAAUACACAAAUAAGCUUUUAUGAGCUACAUCAGUAAUUAGCUUUUAAUAAAUUUAUUUAUAUCAUUCCUAUGACCACCUAUUAUCACACUAUAGUGGUUAUAAAUCUAUGGAUCAUGACACAAAUUGGCCUAAAAUUAAAAAUAGGUGGUUUUGUGAAAUAAUGAUAAUGUAAUAGAUGUUAGUUAUACCUUAAUUUUUAAUUCGAAAAACCUGUCAGUGUAACUUCACUUAUUUCAUAUUUUUAUUUUUUUGUAGCUUUUGCCUGGUGACUUCUUUGUAUUUAAUCUCUAUUGUUCAAUGUUAGUGUAAAACAUUCCUAGUGUUAUUUUUACUCAUAAGUUAGGGCAAUGUAAUUUUAGUCAUAAAUCAUGUCGCGAGCAUUGACGUCUUUUUCAGAAAUAUAAUAAAGAACAACUUAGUAAAGAUUCUGAACUUUGUAACAUUUGAAAUAUUUUUUUUUUAUAUAGGCUCAAACAUGAUAUAUUGAUGCCAGGCCAAAGCAUUCUUUUGACUGGGAUGUUUUUUUAAUAAAACAUUCCUUCUUAUACUAUGUACUAUAUGAUAUUGUUAACUAGUUGUUCACUGUGAUGGUAUAUAUUAUGAGUUUACUCGUAUAUGUAGUGAGCCUGGAGUAUCUAAUGGGUUAAAAUUAUAUUUGGAUGUAUCUAUUUGCUUUACUUAAUAUACUUAAUAAUAUCUAUGUAGUUUCCAGUUGGACCACAAUAUCAAUGUCAAACAAAUAGUUUGAUAUGAUACUAUUGGAUUGACUAACAUUCUACGUUUAUUUUAAGAGUUAUUAAUAAGAGUAUUCUGAUCAUGGUGAAUUAGGAAAAAAACUCAUUAUUUUACUUGUAAUUUAUUAUAUAAUUUGAACAGAUUUAAUCUAUAUAUUGUCAAUGCUGUAAAGUUUUACUAUUUACUUGUUACUGGAAAUAGUUCAAAAAUUUUCCCAUAUGUUGAAAGUUAAUGUUUGUUUUUUUGUUGUUUAUCCCAGAUACAUUAAAAUUAAACAUUAUAAAAAUAAACUAGGUUACACAUUAAGAAAGCUGUGUGAAGUUCUGGAGUAGAUGAGGAUUGUUUAUUUAAUACACCAAGGGUGGAUAUUGCUUUAUACUUAUUAUUUGCAAUUCAUGGAAUUUUAACAUUUUAUUUAUUAAUUUCUGUAAUAGUUUUAUUGAUGGGUUCGGUACGUGCUUGUUAGUUCAGUGAAAUCGACUCUAAAAAUGGCUUCUGGAGGUCAUGAUGCAGCAGAUAGUAUUCCAACACCACGAAGCAUGGAUGAUCCGAAAAUCCAAGGAUCAAACUCGAAGAAACCCAUAAUGAAUAGGACUUUUAGUGGAGAACAAGAAACAAGUUCACAGAAACAUCAUGAAAAAAGUAGCCAUGGACUUCAAAAUAAAGCUGUACCAUAUCAAAGUUCUACGAGACCAUGCGCUCCACAACCUUCGAACAAAGGUCAAACUCAAAUUAAACCAAGACGCGUCGGUGAACGAAUCGAAGAUGUAUUUCAGGAUGAAAUAGUUCAGAGAUUUCCGAAGAUGACUGAGUUUAAAAAGUUCGCUCGAUCUUCGUCAGGAUUGAGAUUAUCAGAUUAUGAUGUCGAAAGCAUAAUGGAAGACUAUCGCCAGGCAGAGGAACAAAAGCUUCAAAUGUUGUAUUUAUGGAAACAAAAGAAAGGGAAAAAUGCAACACCAGAUUUGAUUCGCAAACUAGUUGAUGAGUUUUUUGAUAGACCAACCUAUUAUGAUCAAGACUGAAGACUUUGGAUUAGUAUGCCAAUCACAAAACUAUUUUUUAUAAUUAUGCCAUACUUUAUUAUGUUUAAAUUUAAAACAAUCUUUGUUCAUUUUAACGAAUACUUCAUCGAUAAUGGAUAUCAUAAUAAUAUAAUAAUAAUAAUAUUCAAACAAUAUUUUUGAAUACCGGUAUAUAAUAUUGAAUAUAUUUAUAAAAAAAAUAUUUGGAGUCAAUUCCUAGUCAAUAAGUUUGAAUUCGGCAAUAAAACGACAUUAAAAUCAUAUAAUUUAAUUGAUUCCCGUUUUUUACAGUUUCCAGGAAGUAACAAAUUUUAAAUUGGUACUGUUUUCGAUUCUUUUUUUGCAUCUCUGCUCAAAGUGUAAUUCGAAAUCUCUGUUACAUUUUUAUGUUAACGUUUCUGAUUACAUCUUUUUUUUAUUAUUUUGUGAUUGUGAUCAAUAAUAAUUCUAUCUAGUAUUAAAUAAUAUUUCUCUUUAGUUCAAUAUUCCUGGUAAUGAGUUGUGGGUCAAGGUAAACUAACAAUGAUGUAAUGUUUGCAUAAAAAAUGUAUCCAAAGAUAUAUUCUUUUUUUUUAUAAAUUUUCUAAAAAAAUUUUCUAGAAUUGCUAUCUUUGCCAAUUAAUUGGCCAUAGUUCUUGAAAUAGAAUUGCAGAUACUGUGUAAUCUUCAUCAAGCAUGAACUGUUUAUGAAAUUUGCUACCUAAUCCAGCGUUUAAAAUGGACCACAAUUUUCUUUGUUUAUCUGUUAGUUUAAUUUUUUUUUUAAUGGAUGUUUUAUUGUAGCUCUUCCAUGUAGCUAGGAAUGGCCAUAACCCAUAACCUUAUAUUUCAUUGAUUCACUAACCUGCUCAAAUAUUGUUGUCAGACAUAAAAUACCAAAUUAGGUUUUAGAUAGAAAUUGAAUUUGGUGCUUAUUAUUAAAAAUAUUUAAAAUAAACACUGUUUUUGCUGAUUUUUUGUUACAGUCCAGAACUAAAAUAAAGUCAAUACUAAUCUGAUUAGCGCAGUGGUUCUCAAAUGGUAAGACGCAGCCCCCCCCCGGUGGCGUAGACAGUUUAUUGAGGGAAAUAAAAACAUUUGUUAGAUUUGAUCUUAACCGUCUUAUUUUGAAUAUUUUUAUUCCAUCCACAUUUUUUCAACCUUUUUUUUCUUAAAACACACUUUCCCCUUACUAUCAGUUAUUUGCAGCUUAUUAAUAACUACCAGUUAUUUAUGAGGUGGGGCGUAAGACCUGACAAAUUCUUAAAAGGGAGCGCGACUUGAAAAGUUUGAGAACCACUGGACCUAGCGGAUGUCAAUAUUGCCCAAAAACAAGUUUUUGAUACAUUUCUCCCGACUAAUUAUUAUUGGAAUAUUAAUAUCACUUUCAAAUAUAUUUGAACGUUCAUUUUGAUAUUUUAGACCCCAAUCAAUCACAGCAUACAACAUGGAUUACAACUAUUAUUUUUCAGUAUAGAAAUUCGAUAAUUGUUCAAUUAUAAUAAGUCAUUUCUUAGAUAUCUGCUUCAAUUUUAAUGAACUAUUAUUUUUUUUUAUUCUAAUUCCUCAUAAUAUAUCAGUUUUUUCAACAGUUUCAAAAGUUGUUAUCUUUAUUAAUAUGAGGUGUGUGUUUUCUAAGCUAUAAUGUUUCAUUAUUUUUGUUUUUUUGUGUGCUGUAAUGUUUCAUAUACCAUGUUGCAUUGAAUAAUUUUCUGCCUUUCAUACCAUUAUAUUCCUGCAUAUAAGCUGAACCCCUAAAACAGUGAAUUUAUACAAAUAAGCAUAUAAGCCGACCCUGCAAAUCCUAACAUGUCGAACGCACCUAUCACAGCAAAUGGCUGCAAAAGAGAAUUGAUGAAAAUGAUAACCAUCAUUGUUAGUUUCACGUAAUCCCAACUGUUAGUUACAUUAUUGUUAUGUUUUACAUACAGUAAAGAAGUGUCUGAAAUUUCUUCAAAUUCAUCCUCACUGUCACACAUACAUGUCUAGUUUUUAGUGCGAUCAGAGUUAUUGGCAUAUAGGUGACUCCUUAGUUUGGAAGUUUUUUUUUCGGUCUCUUUAAACUCGGAUUAUAUGCGAGGAUAUACGUUAUAUCGCUGUAGCAUGUUACUAAUCACUGAUUCGCCUUAUUGCCUUUUAAUUGUUGGUUAUUCUAUUAUUAAUUUUUAAAUAUAUGCUAUAUACUUUUUGUUUAGA